GGCGACGCGUUUGUCGAGUGAGGCGGCCCGAAGGUUCUUUCAAGGACGACAGUCAGCAGAGUGCAUGGUGGUCCGUGAUGACGUCGAACGGGCGGCCGUAGAGGCGAGGACGUGGACUCAUCGCGCACCCGGCUGGUCCCACGUCGGGACCGGUAGGUCUAGCCCACUGGACCCGUCGCAGGCACGCCGGGCAGCCAGGACUUGCUUGUCUAGAGUGGGGCUACGCAGAAGCGAGUCCCACACCUCCUAGAUGAACUUGCGGUAUGUCGACCCGCACUCCCAGAGCAUGUGCGCUAGAGUGAAGGUGUGCCCCCAGGACGGCCAGGCGUCGUCUCGAUAUACGUCAAGACGCAAGGAGUCCGAGCUGUCCAUUCGCAGCGAGGACGAGAACACGUCGUCCUUGUUCCACUUCACGUCCAAGGUGCGCUCCAUGAAGCACGGCAUUGCCAGCAGAAAGCUGACCCCGCUCGAGAAGAAGUAUCUGCUGGCGGCCGAGCAUGGUGACAUACCCACCGUCACGAGGAUCCUAAACCUGGCCAAGACGCGUGCCGACCUGCUCGAGCUGGACAUCAACUGCGCCGACUCGCUGGGACGCAACGCGGUGCACAUGGCCAUCGAGAACGAGAACUUGCCGCUACUGGAGACGUUGCUCGCUGCCAGCGUCGAGGUUCAGGACAGCCUGCUGCACGCCAUCAACGCCGAGUACGUCGAGGCAGUCGAGCUGCUCCUCGACUAUGAGGAGAACACCCACGUCGAAGGCGAGCGAUACAACUGGGAGAAAGUGAACUCGGCCACGUCCACAUUCAACCCGGAGAUCACGCCGCUCAUCCUGGCGGCGCACCGCAACAACUACGAGAUCCUCAAGCUGCUGCUCGACCGCGGCGCCACGCUGCCUAUGCCGCACGACGUGCGCUGCGGCUGCGACGAGUGCGGCAUGGCGGUGCGCCGCGACUGCCUGCGCCACUCGCGCUCGCGCAUCAACGCCUUCCGCGCCCUCUCCUCGCCUUCGCUCAUCUGCCUCUCCAGCGUGGACCCCAUCCUCACCGCGUUCGAGCUCAGCCUCGAGCUUAAGCGGCUCAGCUACGUCGAGAACGAGUUCAAGGUGGAAUACAAGAAGCUUCAGCGCCAAUGCCAGGACUUCGCUACCUCCCUCCUGGACCACAUCCGCACGUCAGCAGAACUUGCCUGCAUAAUGAACCAUCGAGCGAAGGCAAGAGAAGACGAAGAGGAAGACAGCAUGUCCCUCGCAAGGCUCGAGCUCGCAAUCGAGCACCAGCAGAAAAAGUUCGUGGCGCACCCCAACGUGCAGCAACAGAUGAGCACACUGUGGUAUGAUGGCCUGCCCGGAUUCCGGAGAAAGAGCAUCUUCUCCCAGUGCCUGCAGAUUGUCAAGAUUGGUGUGGCUUUUCCCUUCUAUUCGGCCAUGUACAUAUUCUUUCCGCGCAGCCGGAUGGGCAGAGUCGUAAAGAAGCCAUUCGUCAAGUUCAUCUCGAACGCCUUCUCGUACCUGCUUUUCCUGCUUCUUCUUAUACUUGCAUCUCAAAGGGUGAACUUGGAAGACCUGCACUCUCAUUUCCAAGGCGGCGUAGUUACGAAACAAAAACAGCGAGGCCUGCCGCCUUCCUUCGUCGAAGUGGCCAUCCUGACCUUCGUUAUUGCUCACAUAUUGGAAGAGGCGACCGAGAUCUGGUCGAUAGGGAUGGCCCGCUACCUCAAGGACAGCUGGAAUAUGCUAGAUGCGAUACGGAAUACCAUGUACGUCGCUGCCACUUUGCUGCGCGUGGUGGCCUACAUUAAGGAGACACAAGAAAUAGGCGAGCAGCCACUGCUUGCCUUCCUUCCGAGGGAAGAAUGGGACCCAUUUGAUCCUAUGCUGAUCGCAGAUGGCCUCUUCGCUGCAGGAAACGUCUUCUCAGCCCUGCGCCUGGUGCAUCUGUUCUCCAUGAACCCCCACCUAGGCCCCCUGCAGAUCUCGCUGGGCCGGAUGGUGAUUGACAUCGUCCAGUUUUUCUUCAUCUAUACCUUAGUGCUCUUCUCGUUCGCCUGUGGCCUCAACCAACUGCUCUGGUACUACGCAGACCUGGAGCAGACCAACUGCGACCCAAACAACAUCAGAGACUCCUCCUGCCUCACGUGGCGACGCUUCUCCAACCUGUUCGAAUCGUCGCAGUCCCUCUUCUGGGCCAGCUUUGGUCUGGUGGACCUCUCAAACUUCGAGCUUACGGGCAUCAAGAGCUAUACACGGUUCUGGGGCCUUCUCAUGUUCGGAUCGUACAGUGUCAUCAACAUUGUCGUCCUCCUGAACCUGCUCAUUGCCAUGAUGAGCAACUCCUACCAACGAAUAUCGGAACGCGCAGACACCGAAUGGAAGUUUGGCCGCGCCAAACUGAUUCUCAAGUACUUCCAGCCAGGUCAGACACUGCCACCCCCCUUCAAUUUGUUGGAGUUCAUUCGCCAUAUCACCAAGCGAAUCGGCUGCAAAAGGCCCAAAAGGAAGGACAAGAUUUAUAUAGAAGAGAAUGGUCUGCCUACGAAGAAAGAAGAGCUGACAUAUCAGGAGGUGAUGAAGAGCCUCGUGUGGCGUUACGUCACCAGCGAACAGAGCAAGAACGAGCAGGCGCCCGUUACGGAAGACGACGUGAACGAGCUCAAACAGCAGAUCACCUCGUUCCGGUACGACCUGCUCGACGUGCUCAAGGACAACGGCAUGAAGAUCAACAAAGUGCAGCGCAAGCGAGGCGAAGCAAUCCCGAAUAAGAAGGUUCGCGUGCGCGAGCGGCGGCUGCUCAAGGACUUCAGCAUCACGCUGAUGGACGCGUCCGACCCGGACCUGCUGUCGCGCCACUCGAGCUGCGCCGACGUCAGCAGCAGGCACGAGGAAGAGACCGAGGCUCGGCCCAGCUACAGCCGGGUGCUGCAGCGCUGGAGGGACCUGGUCAAGGCGCUGCAGGUGUCGCCCAUUGGCACCAGCAAGAAUCUGGGCACACCUACUCGCACCUCGGUGCUCAGGGCGAAACUGGAGCACCAGGUGAGCACCGAGAUUGAGCAGGACGACGACGCACCCUUGGCGACCGUGGACGAGGCUGGAGAGCCUGCUGUGAGAGCGGAGCGUGCCAGCGAGACUCCGCAGCUGGACUCGAUAGUACCAGGCGCUGCACCGGGAGAACAAGCCAGCAACGCUCCAAAGAGCUGGUUGUAGUUGCGGGUGUAGCUUCGCCUGAAUGAUCUUAUGUAAUGCUCCUGCGUCAGAGGAGGCCGGCAGAAGAGGCAUUUCAUGGCACGCGUUAAAAUGAAAGAAAUGCGCAAGCACCCAAGUUUGAUGCCGUUUCCGCUUUCAUCAACGCCUCUUCCAGUGACUCAGUACAUAAACACAGGACCAGUUGUUGAUCCCAAAAGCGUAAGAUGGCCCAAGUAAAGCCUCGCGUCACUCGUCUGUAGCAGCUAAACGGCACCUAAGGUGCCAUUGCCAUGGGCUGAGACUCCACGGCACCAGCGCACGUCGACUGAAUGGGGCAAAGGACACAGCUGCUGCCCCGCACCAGGUGUUGUGGGAGGGGAGAGGGCAUCGCCGUGACGGGACGUCACCCUCACUCUCGCAAGCCUGUAUUAUCCGCGGAAGCUCUCGCCUCGUUCUAACUGUGUCUUGGUAAAGCAAAAUCAAAACGCGCCAAGCGACUCAACGUGCUCACUUCCCCGCGAGGAGCUCAUAAUCGCUCAGCGCGGUUCAAUUGGGCAUUAAUGCUUCCGCAUCUACAACUCAUAAGAAGUGCUGAGAUGUCCUAGGAUUUUGCGAUAGCAAUUAUGUGUACACCCCAAGCGAUUUUUUUUUUUUCACGACGACUCAAAAUCAACAAAUCGCUCCAGCCGGCCAUUUUUUGUUUUCCAACAAUUCAAGGGUCGGGACUGUACAAAACAAGGGCAUGCAAAACGUACCAUUCACGAACAGGCAGAGACACCAGCGAAAGCACCAUAUAAAAACCUUUUCAAUAACGCGACUGUUCUAGCUAAAAUAAACAUCAAAACUUCAGUAUAUCGAUAUGUACGCGCUUUUGGUUGAAAUGCUCUCGGAAAUUGCUGCAUUUCAUAGUGUUGAAUUAGUUUCAGUGCCAUCUACAGCAACCGUUGCAUACUAUUUCGGGUGGCCAUGAAAAAAAUACAGAGCAAUGGGUCUGCAACAUUGGGUGCUGCAAGUUUUGCUUCUUCUUUAACUGCAACAACUUCCAUUCGGCGAUUACACCUUCGGAAAUUGGGCGUCUGUACGUUGUUCUGCGUCAAUAAAAGAUAUGGGACAUGCCAGCAGAAAAUAUCUGGAUGCGCCAAGUCAACCCUCAAGGCCAUGACUGAAAAAUCAGAACAGUGGUUCUCGGCCAGCUCGUUAGGCUAAUCUGUGGGCGCUGACUAUCCACUCAUAACCUGUUCUCAUGCAACAUACGUUCGUCCGACAGGCACUUAGUAAUUUAUGACGACAAUGACAACGUGAAGCUUCGAGUUUGCGUUUGGAAAAAACACUUUGUGAGCCAAGGUGAAAACUUUGUGAGCCAAGGUGACGACACUGUACAUAGCAAAACACUCUAUCGCUAAUGUCAGUACACAGAAAUUCUCCCUGUCUCAAUGCGUAUUGCAACCCACGUAUACUUGGCGCGCACGAUUCCUGAGUCACUUGCCUCCAGGCACAUUGAAGUCUAGUUUAUUGCGUAAACCAGGGACAUCAUAACACAGGCUCGUGAUACGAGUUAUCGCGAGACACGUUUGGUGGAAGGAUGAGGCGGGCGAGGAGGAUGGCCGUAACACACUCACGCAUGCCUAGUCUGCGCGAAAGCAAUUAGAUUAUGCACGACUGCAUGAGAAAGAUCUGCUUCCCUAUGAUUUCACUGCGAAAGAACUGCGUACUAUGAUAACCAUUCCUAAGAUUUACAACGGUGCCAGACGAGAUUCAACUCUUUAUAGAAACCAUCUCGGCAAUUUUGCGAAUGUUUGAGAGUACAGGGAUGAUUCUCUCACAUGACAUACGAAUCUGAAAUUUUCUCUGCUGAAAUGCCGACAAAAACUACGCAGUUUUCGCAACAAAUAUGGGAUGUUCACUGCAUUAAAUGUGUUUAGAGUU